AUGGACUUCGAAAGGUCGAAUCUUCUGUUCGGUGCAAUCCAGCAGCAAGAAGAUGAUAUGCAGUCUCGUAUCAGUUGUGAUUUUUCGGAUCCAACAUUUUUAUUUGAUAAAGUGGAUUUCGAAAUACCGGAUGGGUGCGAGCGGACUUACAACAACUUGCAUGCCGCUAAUAUUCCAAAUGUCCAGGCAGCACAGGAAUUCGAACUUGAAUAUUUCAAUAGACCAAGUUCCAGUAAUACGCAAAAUUCGCUAUUUUCGGGGAUUUGCCAGUUAGAGAACCAGUUUAUUUGCAUGAAUAAUCCCUAUUCCUCUCAGAUUGACUCGACCUACUCCAGCUCACUUUUAAAUCAGGUAGCAGAAUCCUCAGAAAUUGUGCUGAAUGUCACUGCAGGGCAAAUUUCUGCCCAUCCGCUCAACGUGAACACGCCUGCUUCAUAUGCCAAGUUGGAUACGAAGGAUACUGUCCCUGCAUCAGAUCGGAGCACUGGAAUGUCUGGAUGCAAUUCAAAAACAUCGGAACAGUCGUGUGCAGCGCUAUAUCGCUGUGGCUUCAGUGUAUGUGGAUGGAAAACAAGUUCACUACAAAACUUCCAGCUGCACCUAAAAAUCCACAAACAAGAAGGUGAAAAUCGAUGUUAUUGGCUUAACUGUGGUCAAAACUUUCCAAACCAACACUUCCUGGAGCAACAUUACUUCGUGCACUUGGUAGCUGAUCAUCCUGAAGUGAAAAUUUAUCAGUGCUCGGACUGCAACCAGUACUUCUCGGCAAAAGGCACACUCGCUAUACAUCUUAAAAAUGUUCAUAACAAGGAAGGUAAGAGUUAUUAA